AUGGCCACGCCGCUAGACGGAUUGGGAUUGCCCGCUCCAGCUGAUGACGACACGUCGUCGCCGCCUCCUUCCAACUCGUCGCCCAAGCCCUCCGGCUCGGGCUCGGGCUCGCCACCGCCGUCGCCGUCGCCGUCGCCACCCACACCGUCGCUGUCGCCGCCACCGGCGUCGCCGCAGAAUAGCAGCGCGUUGCCACCCCCGGCGCCUGCGGCCAGAGGCUCGCGGCCGGCAGCGCCGUCAAGGGACUCCCCGUCACAACCGGCUCCGAAGCGCAGCGGUGGUGACUCCGACAAGAGUAGUAGCCGCAGCAAGAGCGGGAGCAGCAGCAGCAACGGGUCAGCGCAGGUGGGUGUCAUCCUGGCCGGCGUGGUGAUCGGGGUCCUGGCCUUCGGCCUGCUGAUGUGCAUCGCCGCGUGCGUGUGCUGCGCCAAGAAGAAGAGGAGGAAGAAGCCCCCGCACAUGAACAUGCCGUACUACACCGACGGGCACGGGAACGUCUUCUACGCGAACAGCAUGCCCAAGUGGCAGAGCAGCGCGAUGGACCACGGCUGGCACGCGCCGUACUCGCCGGCGAGCGGGGACAUGAGCGGCUCGCACGGGCAGAUGCCGCCGUCGCCGGGCAUGCCGUCUCUGGGGAUCAUCCACCGUGAUAUCAAGGCGGCCAACAUCCUUCUGGACGAAAAUUUCGAGGCCAAGCUGCCUCCAUCCGCGCAUGCAUGCAAGGGUUCGCACGCUGGAUUCUCACACGUUCGCGGCGGUGGUGCGCAGGCGAGGCCUCUCUUGGCGCGCGCCUUGUCUGAGGAAGGCAACUUCGACGAGCUGCUGGACCCGCGGCUGGAGAACAGGAUCAACCGGCUGGAGCUGGAGCGGAUGUGUGCCUCCGCUGCCGCUGCCGUCCGCCACUCAGCCAAGCGGCGGCCCAAGAUGAAACAGAUUGUUCGUGCUCUGGAAGGGGACGCGUCGCUGGACGACCUGAACGAGGGGGUGAAGCCAGGGCAGAGCAUGAUGUUCAGCUCUGGCUCGGAAUACGACUCCGGCGGCAACUACGCGUCCAACAUCAACAGGUUCAGGAAGGUGGCCUUCGAGAGCAGCGAGUACAGCAACGAGUACAGCGGGACAAGCGAGUACGGCGCUGACUCCGAGGAUGCGGCGUCCCGGCGGCAGCAACAUCGCUGA